AUGUUAGCGGUGGGGCAGAUGGAUGCUAAUCGCCAGAGCGCGUUCGUCCUCAGCAGUACGCCGCUCGCCGCGCUGCACAACAUGGCCGAGAUGAAGACCUCCCUCUUCCCCUACGCCCUGCAGAACCCCUCCGGCUUCAAGGCGCCAGCCCUGGGCGGACUCAACACGCAACUCCCCUUGGGGACGCCGCACGGAAUAAGCGACAUCUUGGGCCGGCCCGUGGGCACCGCCAGCAACCUGCUGGGCGGGCUGCCUCGCAUCAACGGACUGGCGGCCUCGGCGGGCAUGUACUUCAACCCCGCCGCCGUCUCCCGCUACCCGAAGCCGCUGGCGGAGCUGCCGGGGCGGCCGCCCAUUUUCUGGCCGGGAGUGGUGCAGGGCUCUCCCUGGAGAGACCCCCGACUCGCCUGUCCCGCUCAGACGGGGAUGGUUUUGGACAAGGACGGCAAGAAGAAACACUCGCGACCGACCUUCUCCGGGCAGCAGAUUUUUGCUUUGGAGAAAACUUUCGAACAGACGAAAUACUUGGCAGGACCGGAGAGAGCCCGCCUCGCCUAUUCCUUAGGGAUGACCGAGAGCCAAGUGAAGGUCUGGUUCCAGAACAGACGGACCAAGUGGCGGAAGCGGCAUGCAGCGGAGAUGGCCUCGGCAAAGAAGAAGCAUGACUCGGAGACAGAGAAGCUGAAGGAGAGCUCGGACAAUGAGGAUGAUGACGAAUACAACAAGCCCCUGGACCCCAACUCAGACGACGAGAAAAUCACGAGGCUAUUGAAAAAGCACAAACCCACGAACCUGUCCCUCGUAAGCCCCUGCAGCACCAGCUCAGACACCUUGUGA